CCUUGACAUGACAGCUGUGCCGUCAAUUGUUGUCCUACAAAAAUUGUCAAUUAAUAUGAACAGCUGUCUGUCUUUUAAAGUUAAGUUUUCAUAAUUGAAGCAUCCCAGAAAAUUAUUGCAACUAAUGUUGAGUAAACAAUUGAGAUUAUCAAAAUUUUUAGUGAACUAAGCUGGGAUUUUGAGUUUUCUUUAGAAUAGAAUGUCGAUUCCUCCACUUGUUUGCAGUACUCCUCCACCUCCUGAACAAUGUGAAGACGACAAAGACCACGAAGAUUUUGAUAUAACAUACAAUUUAUCUCAAGAAGAUGAUGAUGAAUAUAGUUCAGAAUUCAACUAUGGAAGUUAUUCUGGUUACAAUAUUUUCCCUCCUAAAUCAGAACAAAUUGAAAAUGAAAAUUGGUCCUCAAAUUUUAAGGAAAAUAUACAAACCAGACCUGAAGCUAGUUUGAAAUCUGAUGAAGUAACAGAAAAUGAUGUCAAUUUAAAUGUUAAUGAUAAAUUUGAAGACAACAUAUUAGAGGACUUAAAUUUAAAAAUUGAUUCCGAUAAUGUACAUUCCAAUGAUAUAGCCACUAAAGAAUAUGAGACUGAACCCGACAUUUACAAUAACGAUUGUUCUGAUAAAAACUCAUCAAUACAAGAUCAAGGAGGUACAGAUUCUGUAGAACAUGUUGAUGAAAAUACAAUUGUGUCUACUGAUUCUAUUGAAUCUGGAACUGAAAAUGUUAACGAUAGACUACCCUGUGGAAAUAAUGAAUCUGAUAAAAAUGUUGAAAAUUUUUCUGAAGAUUUCCCAGAUAUUACAAUAGCAGACAAUGUAAAUCCGAUACAAAUUGAAGCAAAUAUUUUACCAGACACUGUAGUUUUAAAAAAUGAAUCAGAAAUUUCAGAAAAUGUUGAUCAGUCAAAAAGCUCAAAUUUAAGCAUUGAUGAAUUUGGAGAUUUCGAAGAUUUUCAAUUUACAAGCUCUAACAGUCCACAAGUGUUGCCAAUUACUAGUGAAAAUCCUUGGGAUAAUAAUGCUAACGAAAGUUCUGAGUUUGGUGAAUUUACAGCUAACUUUGAUGAAAAUGCAAAGGAAACUAUAAGUGAAAUAUCGAAUUUUCAUAAAAACUCUUCAACAGAAGAAUGUGAUGACGAUUUUGGAGAUUUUGAUGACUUUAAAUCUGUGAAUAAUGUAGAAAGCACGGAAGUUAAAGAAGAAACAUUAAACAGCAAUGUUUCUAUGUUAACUCUUCAUUCACCUGAAAAUGAAUUUCAAAUAGUAGAUAGCAUAAAUAACGUUUUAAAUUCGAUAUUUACAAAUGAAAUAUCUGAACCUGAAAAUGAUUUAGAUACGAAACUUGAACAAUUUCUUAGUGAAACAUGGGGUCAUCUUAUUGACAUAGACAUAAGACAACCAUAUAUUAUUAACUGGAACAACUCUUUGGGCCAAAAAACACUUUUGAAAGCACUAUGUAUAGACUCCAGAAACAUUUUAUUUGGGCCGAAAUGGAACUACAAUAUGCCAAAAUAUGCGACAAACUUAAGUACUGCACCACUUCAACCACAAAAGCAGGUUGCUCAGUCAAAUGUAUUGAGUGCUGAGUCUACUGACAAAGUUCUUAAUAAAGAAGCUAGCACAUGGAUUGACCCAUUUACACCUGAUGGACAAGAAUACGCCUACGCUGAAGCUCUACUCCUAGAUUUAGAGCACCUAAUGGCCACCUUAGACCAAAUGGCUCACAAACAUUCCACACUAAAAAUAUCUGAGCUACUUUCACAUGCUUGCAGUUCAGAAAACGAUAUUGCCAAAAAUGAAACAAUGAAAAGGCCAACAAAUUUAGAUGUUUUUGAAAAUGAAUUAUCAACAUCAAAUAAAAUUUAUUCUAGUACAAUUAAUGUUCAACCAUUGCGACAUAUCAAUCUACCAGAUACACAUAUAUUUACACCAACUGAUUCUGAAACACCAAGAUCGAAAACAAUCCACUAUGAUAGUGAACCAUCUUCACUUAUAACUCAACCAGAUAUAGAAACCAUUAACAACCAAACAGAGCAAAAUAUUUCGAAAUCAAACAGUAUAACUGAUAAUGAUAAUGAGUAUUGGGAAUUCCAAGAUUUUAAGGGAACAAUUCCACCAGUUUCUACAAAUACCGUUGACAAAACAACCGACCCAUCAACUGUCGAUAAAUCAUUGUCUAACGUUCCAACAACAAAGGCAGAAAUUACAUAUCAAACCCAAAUUUUACAACCUAUUAAAUUGGAGCCUAUUAUUCCAACACUCAAUUGGCCAGAUCCCGGUGAAGUGAAAGAAACUUUUGACGAUUUUUCUGAUUUCGUUUCAAGCCACUCAUGGAAUGAAAACGAUACUGCAACUUUUAAACCUGAUGUACAAACGAUUGAUCCAAAACUGAAUAUAGAAUUGGAUCCUAAGACUAAUAAAAUAGACGAUGAAUUUGAAACAUUUCAAUCUGCCCCUGCCUCAAGCACAGAACUGGAUAGCACUUCCAGUCCGAACAAUGCUAUUUCAAACAGUUUCUCUCCAUCUGUGAAAGAAAACAUCGAUAAGAAGUCAUUUAAAAUUGAAAGUAAUAUUGUUUCUGGAUCAAAUAAUUUAUUAGUAGAAAAUAAAGGUCCAAUGUUUAGUAAUAAUACUGGCUCGCUAGAUGUGAUUUCAAGGCAAUCUGAUGUAAAACCUAUAAAUCAUCAGUUAAACAGUGAUAUUUUACUACCGAUAACCUCAAGCGCAGGCGCAACAACACGCAAUCAGCAUAACACUGUUCAAAUAUUGCAACCACUUUCUCUUGAAAGUUACUCUCAAAUCAAUUGGCCUAAUCCAGGUAUAGAUCUGCAAGACCUUUCGCGAUUUAAUCCAAUGAAUAGUCUUAAUUCAUUAAAAAGUGAUGUUAGUGCUAAUAAUAGCAAAUUAGCGUCUCCAGCUCACAAUUCUGCUAACACUGUUCAUCAUGAAGUAUCAGAUGAUGAUAUUUGGGGCGAUUUUGUUUCGAAUGUACCAAAAACACAAACAUCUCCUAAGAAAAAUAUAACAUUUGCUGACGAUGACGAAUGGACAGAAUUUGUAUCAAGUCCAAGUUUAAAACCGCAAAACGGUUUAAAUACAAUUAGUUUAAAUGUUCACACCAAUUCCAGUAUGCAAAAAGCUGUCAAUCAAAACAAAUUCGCAUCUGGAAGUAAUCAGAUACAACUUGAUAUUCCAAGUUUGAAUUACAUAACACCGAAAUCGAACAGCCGUGGAAAAUAUAUGGAGAAGCAUUUCCAAAAUUUAUAACAGUACAGCAAUCAAUUUCACAUAGGUAUAUGUAAUAAUGUACUUAACAUAGUAAUAUAAGUGUAAAUAGUCUGGUGGUGGGAUAUUAUAUGAUUGAAUAUUUUACCAAAUUAUGCAGCUAAUUUAUUUUCGAAUAUUUAAUUAGAAUCUUAAUUUUUGACAUUUGAUUUCAAUUCAAUUUUUAAAUAAGAUAUAUAGUUGUAUUAAAUGAAAAUCCCGUCCUCGAUAGAUACAUUUCAAGAAUUUUCAAUAAUUUUGUUUCUGUAUUGAAGAAUAUUAUCUUACUGCAUUAGUUAUUAAUUUUUUUGAAAGCAAUAUUUAUUUUUUAGAUCUAAAAGACAAAGUAUUAUUAUAUUGUUUGUAAAUAGUGUUAAAAAUGUAUAAAAUGUAAAAAUAGAUAAUUUUAUCAUCACAUUAAAACAUUGUAC